AGUAUCGAAUCGAGCUAAAUCAUAUUCUUUUAAGCUGGAGAGUAGAGGUCUGGUAGCUCCAACUCUACUCGCUAUCAUCUCUAUCCUCGGACAAGCACUGUUCCGCUGUCCUCCUGUGAAUUCUUCCUUCUCUUCUCUUGCUUUCUCGCUUAAUUUGAAUCGCCGCGCAUAAUCGAAAGUUGAAGAAGAAGAUAGAGAAACCAGGGGAGGGAGGAAUUCCAAAGAUUGCCUUAGAUGUGUGAAACUAGCGCCUAGAGAUCUUGUCGGAUCCCAUUUGGCCGAUUCGGAGAUCUGCGGGGCGGGUUCCCGGAUCCUGACUAGAGGAUGAACAUCUUAAGGUUAGCUGGCGAUAUGACGCAUCUGAUUAGCGUCAUCGUUCUCCUUCUCAAGAUCCACACCAUCAAGUCCUGUGCUGGCAUUUCUUUAAAGACACAAGAGCUUUAUGCUCUCGUAUUUGUCAGCCGUUACAUGAAUAUCUUUACGGACUUCAUUUCACUUUAUAACACCAUCAUGAAAUUGAUUUUCUUGGGGACUUCAUUCUCAAUUGUGUGGUACAUGAGAUAUCACAAGAUUGUACGCAGAUCAUAUGAUAAGGAUCAGGACACCUUUCGCCAUUAUUUUCUUGUGCUUCCCUGUCUAAUCCUUGCACUUCUUAUCAACGAGAGGUUCACUUUUAAGGAGAUAAUGUGGACAUUCUCCCUGUAUUUGGAGGCUGUUGCCAUCCUUCCUCAAUUGGUGUUGUUGCAAAGGACAAAAAAUACUGAUAACUUGACUGUUCAGUACAUUUUUCUUUUAGGUGCAUAUCGAGCUCUUUACAUACUAAACUGGAUUUAUCGCUAUUUCACAGAACCGGACUAUAUUCAUUGGAUAACUUGGAUAUCUGGACUGGUGCAGACUAUUCUCUAUGGCGACUUCUUUUACUAUUACUUCCUCAGCUGGAAGAACAAUGUGAAGCUCCAACUGCCUGCUUAGGGUUACUGGAUCACAUUUAUCAAUCAACUUAUUGCUUUAGAUCUCACUAAACUGAGAAGAAAAUCCCAUUAAAACUGGGAAAGGUUAAGGAUUUGUUGUAUUAUGGUUGUAAUAUGCACUUCAACCAGCUUAUAGCUUAUUCUUUUGUGGGAUCUUUAGUCAUUAGCUUUACUUGUAGCAGACCCAAAAAGAUUAUUCUUUGGAAAGCAAACACUGUCUGUGUUGCAUAGUUAAGUAGACAAAAGUAUUGCACAAGUUCCUUCUUCC